AUGAAACUAAGGCUACAAGUGGAGAGGAGAAGAGGCUCUGGUCGAAAACCUGUCGAGUAUGCUCGUGUAUUUAUACGUGUUAACUCUCAACUUAUCUCACAACUUGUCACUAUUCUCUGGCCACAUAAUGGGAUGCGAUGCCUAUUGCUCGCCAGAUCUGGAAAGACGCUCGUCUGGCUUAAUCCAGCGGACAAUAGCCAUCGCACGGCCGCCGACCAGCCUCAUGGCCAUUCACCUCUCUGGGACAUUCUAUCCACCAACACACUCGACACCCCUACACUUGCGAAACAUUGA